AUGAGUGCCACAGAUUCAUUAAUGCCUGGACCCGAAGGCAAAACACCACGAUUUUACGAAGUUGAUCGAGGCAAUAAAACCGAGAGUUAUAUUAGCGCCGUGUCUGGAAAUCCAGUUGUUCCCGAAAGUUUGAUGAUGAAGGAGCCAGAAAAACGACAACCUGUGAAACCAUGGGAAAAACCACCACCGAAGCCGAAAAAUCCAAAUCAAAUUAGUUUGAAUGAAGAUGAAUUGGAAGAAUUUCGUAAUGAUCCAUUUUGGAAAAUAUUGAGGUUGGUAUCAUUAUUUUAAUUUUCAACGUUUCAAAUCUUAUAAUUUUCAGAACAAUCUUGUUCGUCUUAUUUUGGCUUAUUUGGUUGGGUUUGUUCCUUUUCGCGAUUUUACUUAUCUUCCUUUCUCCUGCUUGUAUUACACCCGAAAAACCAAAUUGGUGGCAAACAGCAGUAUCAUAUCAUGUUUGGGUUCCAUCAUUCCAAGAUUCGGAUGGAGAUGGAAUUGGAGAUAUUAGUGGAUUGAUUGAUCGAUUGGAUAAUCUUCGAAAAACUGGAGUUCAAACUAUUUGGCCAUCUCCAUUUUUGAUUUCUGACGAUGAUAAAACUUCGGUCAGAAGUUUCAAUCAAAUGGAUCCUAAACUUGGUGUUAAUCAGAAAACCGAUGAACUUAUUCAAAAGAUCCAUGACAAUGAUAUGAAAAUUGUUAUAAGUCUUCCGAUUGCGACAACUUCUUUAGAACAUGAUUGGUUUUUGAAAUCCGUAUCUGCUAGUAUUCCAGAAAAUAAGAAUUAUUCGGAAUUUUAUAUUUGGACAGGUCAAUCAGCAAAUUCUGAAUUCUUUACUCAACGAAAAGAUUUAUUUUAUUUACACGAAGAAGGAAAUCCAAAAACAGCUGUUCUUAAUUGGAAAAAUCAAAACUUGCGAAGUCAUAUGUUCAAUGUUUUAUCAAAGUGGAUUGAUCGUGGAAUUGAUGGUUUUGAACUUUUAGGAAUUGAAUAUUUAUCAAGAACUAUGGAUGGAACUGAAUCUGAAUGGAAUGAUAUUUAUGAUAUUCUCAGAGAUAUUCGUCAUCAUGUUGAUCAAUAUUCAAAUGAAAGUACAAUUGCGAAAGGAAAGAAAAUGUAAGUGUUAUUUAGAAAAACAAAGGAAAAACAAAAAAUAUUACAGUGCGCUGUUCUCAACACGUGAAGAAGCAAAGGAAAAAGAUAAGAAAAAGAUGGCAACUUCAGGACUUGAUACUAUAAUCAAUUAUGAAUUAGGAGAAGUUGAAAAAGAUUCAAGAAUUUGCCACAAAAAUGAGGGAAGCGUGGCAACUUGUGUUCAUGAAAUUUUAUCCGAUGUUCUUCUUUUUCACUCAUUGAAUGAAAAAGCAUGGCCACAUUGGAGAUUUGGAUCUCCUGAAUUAUCGCGUGUCGCUUCAAGAGUUGGUUCAAGAGCUCAUGCUCAAAAUCUAUUGAUGUUGCAAAUGGUUUUACCGGGAACUAAUAAUAUUUAUUAUGGUGAAGAAUUGGGUAUGCAAAAUUUGGCGAAUGAUAGUAUUGUUUCACCACAAAAAGGAGCUAUGCAAUGGGAUGAUUCGAAUUUUGCUGGAUUUACAAAAGCCAAAAAUUCGAAAGUAAUAAAUGACCAUUAUUGUAAAAUUGAGAAAAAUUAUUUAAUUUUAGGUUCCUGUUAAUGAUGAUUAUCCGAAUAUUAAUUGGGCACGCCAAUAUUCGGAAUCUCAAUCAACUUUGAAAAUUUUCUCCAAAUUGGCAAAACUUCGUCAAAGAGAUGAUGCUCUUAAAACCGGAAAAACUCUCAUCGGAAGAUUAGUAGAUGGUGCAUUUACUGUUACAAGAUUUAACAAUUUUGAAAAUCGCACCACUGGAAAUGUUAGUUGAUCUUAGUUUUUAUGACGACUUUCAAUAACAUAUCAAUAUUGCAGAUUUACGUUGCUGCUUUGAACUUCGCCCCACAUUCUGUCAAACUUCCACUUCAAGACUUACCAAAUAACGAAAAACUUUCCAAAUCUACUGUAAGUUCCUUGAUUUUCUCUCAAAAUAUAAUCAAUAAAUAUAUAAUAUUUUUCAGAUUGUAACCGCUACUUCAAACUGUGAACAAUUCUAUCCCAGACAAUCGAUUGAUUUAGGCGCCAAAGAAAUCGAACUUGAAUCCAACCAAGCAGUUAUUUUCAGAUAUGCCGCAUAG